AGGAGGAAACCCCCCUAACCCCUAAUCACCCGCUUCUGCCCCCUCUCCUCCCUGGUGUCGGGGUUGCGGCGGCGCCGACGAGCCACCACCGAGCGCGAUGGCGAGCUCGGCUCUGAGGCGAUAUCUCCCUCGGGGCCCCUCGCUCCGCAUCGCCCUCACUUCCCGCCGGCCACCCGCCGCGAGCGACUUCUGCCGCUCUUUCCAGUCAGGGGAUGGUGAAACUGGUGAGACCAUGGAUGAAUUCGAGGCGCGACUGUUUGGGAACAAGGGCCUGGACGAGGGUUCACUCUAUCAGAAACUCGAUAGGGUUGAGAAUACCAGUAAGAGAUAUGGCAUGGGCUCUGGAUCCAGGGGUAGUUUUGGUGGUCUCGGCGACCGGAGCAGUUCUGGGACCAUGGGUGGUUUUGGUGGGUUCGGUGACCGUAACAGCACUGGAUCCAUGGGUGGUUUUGGUGGGUUUGGCGACAGGAGCAGCUCUGGGUCAUUGGGUGGUUUUGAUUCUUUGAAUGAUGGAAUGAGUGAGAUGCUUAGUAAUGUGUCACGUAACUUCCAAAUGGACGAUGACGAUGAUGAUGAGGAGGACUGGGACGAUGAGGACUUUGAGUUCAGGCCUGACGUGGACUUCAGGCGAGGUUCGACCUAUACUGUUCGGGACCUUGACCUUAAAAGACCUGCAGCCGCAAAGAACCCUCCUAGACCACAGUUUGAAACAACUACAGCAGAGGUUUUGAGGAAGGCUGAUUUUAGGAACGUUAGAUUCCUCGCCAACUUUCUUACAGAAGCUGGAAUUAUCAUCAAGAGAAGCCAGACUCGCAUAAGUGCGAAAGCUCAGCGAAAGAUUGCAAGAGAGAUCAAAACCGCUCGUGCUUUUGGGCUAAUGCCUUUCACAACGAUGGGUAGAAGACCAUUCAUCUUUGGCAGAAGCGCCGAAGAGCACUAUUCGGAGGAAGAAUAUGGAUUCGACUUUGUGAAGCGGAAGGACGGUGAGCCUGAUGAGGAUAAUGGGGACGCUGAGCCAAGCGUGGAGGCUGCGUAAACAUUCUGGAGUGACCUUUUGCAAUCGCCCCGUUUCAUCAGUUCUCAUUUGACACAGCUCUGCGUACCUGCUGAUGCCCCCAUUUUGCUUGUUCAGAGGAUAGCUCAGCUUAGCUUGAAUAAACUGUAACAUUGCGUUAUGUACUUUUUCUUGCUCGUUGUGGCGUGAUAACGAAAUAUCUUCGGUGACGUAUCCUCCAGGCUGGAGAUCAUAUGCCAUAUGAAAUGGGCCAUGUGAUCGGGCGCUGGGAAACCUUUGUGGUAGUACUACUGAGUUCAAUUUCAUAUCCAAGCAUGACUGUUCGGCUGUUCAACGAGGGCACCGACAAUUCAUGAUUCAUGUGCUGGUUGUUGGCAGCUUCA